UCCUUGCCGCCAUGACAUUUGUGACGUCACUGCCGAUCUUGACCUUGGCAGGAGAUGAGUUGAACCUCGUUACAACCACGACAAGCUAUUUAUCCACCCUGAAGCGACAGGCCCAUGUCGCCUUUAAAGAAUUUAAAAAAACACACCUCCACCUCCUUCCCGCUGAUGAAUUCAACACGUUCAAGGAUUACGCCAAAUCGAUCAUUUCCGAUCGAAUAAAUGUAUGUAGCAUACGUGUAUCCCUUCCAAAGUUCCACAGAUUAAACAAGACCAUCACUGUGAAGGAAGUGUACCGAACGCUAAAGAGGUUUGCCUUUGAGUACAAGGAAGCUGUGGAUUAUAUUCAUCGUCACGCCAGCAGGUGCGAUGCACACACCCGCACACACCCUCAGAAGCUGUUAAAAGAGCUGAGAAAAAUACACCAUACGACAAGGAUACUGUACGAUAAUACUAAAACAGUGAUGGUGGAGCUUGGUUUUGGGGAUAGUGGAGAAGCACAGCACGACUUCACUGGCGCGCCCUCAUCAAGCGGAUGCCAUUGCUUUAUGGAUUACUACCUGGCUGUGAUGUACAGACUCAAAAAACAGACUUAUCGUUUAAAUACACUAUGUCCUAUAUGUGUAAACAGCAGUCCAUUCCACGACUGUUCGAAGAAAUGCUAAAACUAUGAACUUGGCUGUGGUACGCCGCCAGA